AUGGCCCACCGCGGCUUGAGCGGCGGCUCAAGCAGACCCCAAAGCGGAGGUGGUGCUGGCGGGUUUCGUGGAGGCCGUGGAGGUGGAGGUGGAGGUCGUGGCGGUGGAAGGGGUGCCCCGCGGGGUCGUGGUGGCCGUGGUGGUGGCCGAGGCGGCGGUGCUGGCACACAGGGUGGUCAGAAGGCAAUCAUUGAAAGGCAUCGCCACGCUGGAGUCUUCAUCUCUCGUGGAAAGCAGGAUGAUCUUGCCACUAGGAGCUUUGCCCCCGGUGUGAGCGUUUACGGCGAAAAGAAAGUCGAGGUCAAUGAUACGGAAACGAAUGAAGACGGGACUACUACAACGACCAAGAUUGAAUACCGUCUGUGGAACCCUUUCCGCAGCAAGAUUGCUGCUGCUAUCCUUGCUGGUAUCGAUACGCUCUAUAUUGCCCCGGGAAGCAAGGUUCUCUACCUUGGUGCUGCUUCAGGCACCACCGUCUCACAUGUCUCAGAUAUUGUCGGCCCCACUGGCCGCGUCUAUGCUGUUGAAUUCUCUCGUCGCAGCGGUCGUGAUCUAAUCACUAUGUGCCAGAAGCGUCACAACGUCAACCCUAUCGUCGAAGACGCACGAAAGCCCGCCUCUUACCGCCUAUUCGUUGACGGGAUGGUCGAUGUCAUUUUCUGUGAUGUUGCCCAGCCGGACCCUGCUCGUAUUAUUGCAGAGAACGCAGGCUGCUUCCUGAAAGUGGGAGGAAAGGUUCUGCUCAGCAUCAAGGCCAACUGUAUCGACUCAACGGCACCCCCUGCUCAAGUGUAUGCGCAAGUUGUGGAAGAGAUGCGUGCUCUCAAGUUCAAGCCCAAAGAGCAAAUCAGCCUUGAGGCUUAUGAGCGUGGCCAUGCUCUGGUAGUGUUCGAGUAUCUCCGUUCUUGA